AAAGGUGGGAAACACACCAGGGCAGGAAGCAAAACAAUCAGAACAACAAACAGAAUAACACAGGAAGUAGAAAUGAAGUUACACAAGAGGCACAUUGUGACAGCCUACUGUAUUAACACCAGGGGAUCAACAAAAAGGCCAUAAUCCUGAAGCAAUAAUAUGGGAAUGUUGUAGUGAUAAUUUUGUUUAGGAUGAGCGCUCUCUUCGCAGCGGUUUGUAAAAAGCUGAACUGAACUUACUGCUGUAGAAUUGACUACGGCCUGUAGACUCUAUAAAUUUGAGUGUGUAGACUACUGCUCCAUGGCCUCUCUGAACAGCUGUACAAUUUAACUGGAGGCAUGUUGGCCGUUAGUCAACUGGCUGCUUUUGUAAUCCUCAUUCUUCUGAGCUGGAUCAUCGUAGCCACAGUUCUGACUCAUGCGCCGGGCUGAGUUUAAAAACUGUUGGAGUUCCCACAGAACAAACAGAGUCUGCCGUGGGACUCUCCUGAGCUCUUCUCCAGCUUUAGAGCAUCCGCCCAGGAUAUUUGGGAGAGAAACUGUUGAUGAAAACUUGAAAAUGGACCAUGCAGGGCUGCUAGCGCUGCUUCUAGUGCUCAACGUCAGCGGAGCAUUUUGUGCAGUGGUGCAAUGGACAGAACUAAAUGAAGCAAAGGCCUAUUUGAGGCAGUAUGGCUACUUGAAUGACCCUGCUGAUCCACAGGACCCUCAUUACCUGGAGGAAAUCAUUGACGCUCUCAGGGUCUUCCAGAGGGUGAAUGAUCUGCCAUCUACUGGAGAGUUAGAUGAAGCUACCCUGCAUGUGAUGAGACAGCCCCGCUGUGGCAUGGAGGACCCCUUCAACAAGAAGUUUCACAAAUACAGAGUGAUGGGUCAUUGGAGAAAGAGGAGUCUGACCUACCGCAUCUACAACUACACCCCUGACAUGAAGAAAACACAGGUCAGGGCAGCCAUCCGCUCUGCCUUCAAGUAUUGGAGUGAUGUGGCUGCUAUGACCUUCAGAGAGGUCGCGUAUGGCAGAGCGGACAUAAAGAUCUCCUUCCAUAAGAAAGAUGGUUAUUGCUCUGUCCCAUUUGAUGGCCGAGGUCACGUACUGGCCCAUGCUGAGUCACCAGAAUCUGGUAUUGUUCAUUUUGAUGAGGAUGAGUUCUGGACAGAGGGACCGAAUUAUGGUACUAAUCUGCGUAUUGUGGCUGCCCAUGAAAUCGGCCACGCCCUGGGACUGGGUCACUCUCAAUUCAGAAGUGCUCUGAUGGCACCGGUCUACUCUGGUUACCGUGCUAACUUCAGGCUGCAUCCAGAUGAUGUGAACGGCAUCCAGGCGCUAUACGGCAAAAGCAUCAGCGGCACUUUAGCCAGCCCAACGAACUCAGACAGUCUGUUUCCCAGAGGGAGCAGCGGUGAUCCUCAGAACAUCCCUGACCCCUGCACUGCCACACUGGAUGCCAUCAUGCUAGGUCCUUGGAGGAAAACCUUUGCUUUCAGCGGUGAUUACAUGUGGACGAUCUCUGAUCUGGGACACAACACACCUAUAAAAAUUGACAGGCUUUGGAAGGAACUCCCUGGAAACCUGAAUGCUGCCGUGCACUCGCAAAGAACCAACAAGACAUACUUUUUUAAAGGAAAUAAUGUGUGGAGGUAUACCAGGUUCCUGCUGGACUAUGGCUACCCCAAAGAGGUGAAAAGGAUCCCUCCCAAUAUUGAUGCAGCCUUGUACCUGGAGAAGAAAAAGAAGCUGGUCUUUAUUAAGAACUCAGAGUACUGGCAGUGGGAUGAACUGAAGUACAAUGACUUAAGUGUCUACCCCAAACCGCUCUCCAUGCUCUUCACCGGAGCGCCGUCCGGUCUGGAUGCAGCCCUCACCUGGACCAAUGGCAAGAUCUUCGUCUUCAAAGGAGAUGAGUACUGGCGACUGAAUGAGCUGCUGAGAGUCGACAGAGGCUACCCCCUGAGCAAGAAGGAGCGCUGGAUGCGAUGCUAGGGGUCGACCAUCAGGGGGCAGCAGGCACUAGGAGGUCUACAGCAGGGCCCUGGAUCCGAUCCAGUGGCAUUGACAACUGCACAACCUCAACAGCAGUGAUCCCACUGUGAAAUAUCAUCUAAAAUGGAAAAAAAAGAAGCUAGUGCAGGGAAUUUAUUUUUAUUUUACUGGAUAUGAUUAUAUCCAAGCUAGUCCUUCCCUCCAAAGCAGGCUGAUUUUUGUGAGGCUUUCUUGUUCUUGCAAGAUUUAUGUAAGCUGAGCUAUGAUCUCAGGGAGAAAUCAAGGGAGGCUUUCUGUUUUUCUCCCUAACAUAUGUGUUAGAUUAUGUGUCUUAAUACUUUCAGUAAGAUGUAAUAUGAUGAUGGGAGCAUGAACUUUUCUGUUCAGACUUUAACAUUUUGUUAAACAAAGUGUGUUCAUUGCUCAUGUAUGUUACUGAACACUUCCACCAUUGUCUCAUGAAUCACACUGGUCUGUGAGAAAUCGUGUGGCACGGAUCUGCCUAUUUUUUUCAAGUGAAAAUCAAAUUUUUUGUAACAUUAAACAAGACAUAAUGUCGAAAGUAAAACUGUGUUUCUGAUUGCAGUGUCCUGUCACCAGAAAAGUGGCUCAACAUUCCCACAAAAAGGAUAGAAAAUAUUUAAUGCUCACUAUGAUGAAAGGCCGCCCUGUCCUGCAUUGUGUUUGUCUGCAAAAAAAAAAAAAAACUUUGGAAGCGCCAUGGCAACCCCAACCAAUUGCAGAGUAGGAAAUCCUCCCCAUGACCUCUUCAUUGCCUAUGAGAAAUCUGGCGAGUAAUAGUGCCAGUGUUGCUAAGAGCCCGAAGAGACAAACAGUGCAACUGACUCAAGCAAUAAGUAAAAUCUGUUUUUGUAUCAAACACAUUUAUUUAUCUUUGAAAUUUCUAUCA